AUGGAGCAGACAAAAGGGAAGUCGGCUUCUAGAUCGCCUGCUCAACCUGGCGAAUCAAGUUUAACUCCAGAACAAAUUCAGCGCAUUGAAAUCAAUCGUCUGAAAGCAAAAUCUCUUCGUGAACAGCGCGAGGCUCAAGAAUCACAGAGUAGUGCAAAUAGUACUGGCUCCAUUGUUGCGGGGUCCAAACGGCCCUACUCAGCCACCCUGAGCUCCAAGACUCCGUCCACUUUACGUGAUGGCCGUGCAAAUAAUGAUGCUUCAGCGCAACGGCCGCUGGACUCUAUACGUCCGGCGCGCAACUUUACUAAAUAUGUUGAAUAUGACUUUAGUAAGAUGACAGAUACUAAGGGCGGGUUUUUGACCGCCGAAGAUGAUCCCCACAACAAGGCACUCCAUGCCGAUAAUGGUGAUGACAAGAAGCCGGCGCAUAUGACGCAGAAGGAAUGGGAAAGGCAGAAAUUAAUACAAAGUCUACGCAAUGAAAAAAGCGGUCCGUUUGAGCCGGGAUUAAGUGUCAUAGGUAAAGAGAAGCAACAGAAGAAAUGCCGGGAGUGCGAAACAGUGGAGAUUGACUGGAAAUGGGAAGAGAUUUUUAAAUGCUGUGUGUGCCACAGCUGUAAAGAUAAAUUCCCGGAUAAGUACAGUUUACUCACAAAGACCGAAGCAAAGGAAGACUAUCUCUUGACUGAUCCUGAAUUAAAGGACGAAGAACUCCUUCCUCAUAUGGAGCGUCCAAAUCCCCAUAAAGCGACAUGGAAUAAUAUGAUGCUGUUCCUCCGCUAUCAAAUAGAAGAAUACGCAUUUUCCGCCAAAAAGUGGGGGUCUCCUGAAGCGCUGGACGCAGAAUUUGAGAGACGUGAAACUGAAAAGAAAAGGCGGAAAGAAGCACAGUUUAAAACCAAAUUGCAGGAUUUAAAAAAGAGGACUAGAGUCGAAGCAUACCGUCGAAACCGCCAGGCAGGUGCGGGAGCUGGAGGCAACUUUGGAGAUGAUCUUGGCGGAAGAAGAAAGCAUGUUCAUCAGUGGGGACGGGCAGUAGAUAAUCCCGAAACAGGUAUUGGUGUCAAGACGUGCGUUGACUGCGGGAUGGAAGUUGAGGAGCUGGAGUUCUAG